AUGGCUCAAGUGGGAUCGAUCGUUGCCAACAUGCACGAGGCUGUUGAGACGGCUAAAUCAAGGGCGCAGCGUUUGGAGGAUGAGGUGGCCCAGUUGAAGAAGGAGAUUAAGCAGUCGCAGGAGAACGACAACGCCGAGGUGUACACCGUGCAUAGUGCAGCGAUGCUGCUAGGGAGGGCCACCGCGGACUACGCCCAAGAGGGCAACAGAUUGGUCUUUGCCCAGAAGGCAGGGUCAGCCCCCUUGUCAUUGACCGAUCCAAUCGUGGAGUGGAAGAGCGACGUCCCCCGUCUGCUGGCCACCUUCCUGAACGAGCUCGGUCCCCGAUCCAAGGCGGCCGAGGAAGGCAACGAGGAAAUCGAGAAUGCAGUGGCCAGCCGCAAAUGCCUCAUAGCAGCAAUAGUGACGUCCUUCGCGUUCGACACGUGGUACAAGAAUGCUAAUGCAAUGACCAUCUUCCUCAAGAGCCGGGGGAUUCAACGAGAUUGGUUGGAUUUUCUGGCGAGAACCUUCAAGAUUGCCCAGACCGACAGUUAUGUGUACAAGGUGCAAAAGAAACUGGCAGACAGCCUCGGUACCAAGGAGGAGAUGUUGAAGCGGGUUCCUCUUUCGGAGGGGCUAGUGGCCUGCAGUUUCGACAACCUUAACUUGGAUGUGUUGAGGCAUUGGGGGAAGGGCGGUCAUGUCGAUUUAAUAGCGGCCAUAGCCUACUUCGCUGUGUCGCAAUCGCGCCAGAAGGUGACAAGCCUCCGUUCCGAACGCCGGAAACUAGGUUUUCGUCGUGACUUCGGGCAAGACCACCCACGGAUUUUGGGCAUCUGGGAAAGUUUCCGUCUUAAUGUCGUGAGCUGUGCGCGCAAGCCGUAUACCAAAACCGACGGAGACUUCGAGAUGCGCUUGGCGAAAGUGAUAAUCCAUGACGCCCCGAGGAAGAGCAUGUUGGGUGUGGGGAUCAGGAGACCUACGCUCUUUUGCACAAGGCGAAAACCAAAUACUCUCCGAAGUUUGCGUGGGUGGUGCCGUGGAUCGGUGAUUGGUUGGCACCUCCUCGAGCACACACUCGACGUGUUGUACCGCAAGUGGGGGGGUUUUGCUAUGAUCCCGCUUGCAAAGGCGAGCGAUUGUCACGACAAGAAGUUGGAGUCGAAGAACUACCACAAGCGGCACAACGUCUUCGUCGGGGUGGUGGAGGCGGUUUGGCAAGCGUGCAUCAGCGAGGUGAACGUUCAGCAGGAUACUGCGCUGUCCGGCGAGGACCUGCUGGAUAAUCUACUCGCCUACACGACCGACCGCGGCAAACACAAGACGCACGGGCAAUGGAUGAAUGACGCAGAGGUUGAGUUCACUCGUGAGACGUUUAGCUUGUCCCUCGCCGGGAUACCCGGGAAGAACACGGGUCUAGACGAGAUCCAGGAAAUGACCAUGAAUAAGGAGUUCAAGCAGGCAGCGACGGGGACCGACAUUGCCUAUCUCCAGCGAUUGUGUCUGACCCUGCAGCUUUUCGCUCGCUGCGCAGAAGAUUUUAAGCUUGCGUUCGGGAGCUCGAUCGUAUACAACCGCACGAUUAAGGCCAGCGAGCACAGGAUAGUUCAAGUCAGCAAGAUGUUCCAGUCGGUGACUGCCGAAGGCAGCCCUUUCAGGCUUUGUGACGACAAGGGUGCGAGCGAGAUCAUUUCCGCAGGUGGACGCGUGGCUCUUGAGCGUCUAGAAGAGACGAUGCUGGACGCCCCCGAACCUUGGAGCACAGUUGGAAGAAUGGAGUAG